UUUUUAGGUUGGACAUGCAGGAGCGACUGUUUGUCCCUGGUGGUGGGGGCGUGUUGAUAUGGGCCGUGGUGGUGAUGGGCGCAGUGUCCGUGUGGGCUGAGUCUUAUGGUGGUAUGGGUGUCCGUCUGCCUCAACCACUCAACGACACAGUACCCAUGCCCGUCAAGGCUGCUGGAGUUGAUGGUAGAACAGCCAGCCGGGACUUCGGUGUGAUAACCAAGUUGGGAGAAGACUUCCUGAGGUGUUCUGAUCGACGCAGGGUGGAAGGGGAGUCGAGGAAGACCUCCAACAAACGACUCAACACCAGCCCCUGCGGGAGAACCACUACUUACACCAUCGUCUCCCCGCGAACCACCACGGUGGGUGAGUGUGGCCUGAGUUAUGAGAUGGGUAAAGGCGACGCAGUCAAGUUCAUUCUGCCCAGAUUCACUACAUCCUGCGAGAUGGUCUUCAAGGCCAAGGAAGGUUAUAAGUUGUCCUUCACCUGCUCCAAGUUUAGGGCUUCCUCCUGCAGAAACGAGUACCUCUUCAUCACCGACGGCGUCAACCCACCCAUGACGUUCUGUGGUAGAAAGAGGAAACCAACUGAAGCGACUGACCUAUCCCAGCUGUACAUCAAGUACGAGCGACGGCGAGAGCAGCGUAGGAAAUCCAGGAUGCACUGCACUAUUAGCGCUACAGGCAGCGACGACGGAGGCCCAACAGGAACUACUUCAGCUGAGGGUUCACAAAUUCCUAACUGCUCCUCAAUGUGUGGCGCUGCGCCCUCUGGUGCCGGAGCGACACGUAUCGUGGGAGGCAGCGAGGCUGAUAAGGGGGAGUACCCGUGGAUGGUUAUGCUCACCAUUGACGAUGGUGGACCUCUCAAAGGCUGCGGGGGAGCGAUCAUCUCCAAAAGACACGUCCUCACCGCCGCACACUGUGUCAAUUUCCGCAAUUUGAAGUUGACGGCGACGGUGGGACUACAUGACAUGAAAAACUUAAAUACCGGGGUUUCUAAGGUGUUCAAAGUGGUAGACUUCAUCGCCCAUCCAGAUUUUAACUCCGACACCCUGGCCAAUGACAUCGCGGUGUUGACACUGGAAGGGGAUGUCAACUGGAGCAGGCGGGUGGGGGCAGUGUGUCUCAGCCCCGAGAAGGACUACGAGGGCCAGAUGGGUGUAGUCAGUGGCUGGGGGACCUUGUCCUUCCAGGGCAGUCAGCCCAGCAAACUGCAAGAGGUGGGCGUGCAGGUGACCAACCAGGCGAAGUGCGUCAAAAACUACCUGGAGUCCGACAUCGACGUCCUUGACACUAACGUGUGUGCAGCCUCGCCAGGUAAAGAUGCUUGUCAAGGUGACUCCGGGGGACCUCUGGUGAUCCUAAACAAUGGUAUCUGGUACCAGAUGGGUGUGGUGAGCUAUGGGGUCGGGUGUGCCAGACCUGACUACCCGGGUGUCUACACGCGGGUGUCCUCCUACGUGCCAUGGAUCCUUGACCAGGUCUCCAGCUCUUGUUAAUCUCCUCCUGCUCGUCUCCACUGGAUCCUGGUCCAGCAGGUCUCCUACAUGACCCUUGGGAUGCCCACUCAGCGUCGUCUGGUCCAGUUGGUUUCCUAGGUCCCUUUGGAAUACCAUCUCAGGGUCUCCUGGCUUUACAAUCCAACGAUCUCUCCCACCUCUACCCCUCCCCCACCUCACUGUGAUCUCCACAACCCUGAUGGAAUACGUUCGUCGUCCCACUGCAAGACAACAUGCCGGAUCAUUCUUAACUCCCAUGUCUCAAGACUCGCGUGUGGUUUACGCUGGUCAUAUGAAGAGAAACACAAAUAUAGAUAAAAUAUUUUGGAGAUGCUAAAACUGAGAAGAAGAAAAUAAAAAUGUGAUAAUGAGUCAACCUAUAAAUUUGUAAUACGUGGCAAAAACUUGUCUGUAAAUAAGUGUGGAUUAUGAUGACAGAACCAUUAAACACGAGUCUUGCCCAUUACUGCCAUUACGUACGGGUUUUCUACUUUUACUGAUUGCAACAAAUCCGGACAAACUUAAGAAUAUAGAACAAUGUGUACAUGCUUUGGUGAGGCUGUGAGGAAUAACUCAGUUUAUUUAUUAAAGUAAAUCAUUUGGCUCAUUAUUAGGAACAUCCUUCGUAGGCUGCAUUAUUAUGAUCAGCUUUUGUUAUUAUCUCUAUCUGAUCUAAUGAAUCAUCUUAAUAACUUAUUGAUUUCUUUAUUCAAGCAUUUGUCUAGAAUCGGUAAUCUAUUGUCUCAUUCUUACAAAGUUGGGUAGUCCCUGUGUUUUAUUUAUGUCCCCCCUUCCCUCAGUCGCCCAACACCUCCGUUCUUUGUCAUUGCCUCCUCUUCCGCCGGGUAUACACUACAUACAUAUACAGACACGUUUGUAUAAUUUACGUACUUCUCUCUCUUUUAAGAUAAUAUCAUAGUUUUUAUUUGAUUAGUUGUCUCCUGUAAACCCAUUUAUUUUUCUUAUUUUAGCUAAAAUUUCGUAUUUCUCUCCCAAUCUGACCAUAUCUUUUUUUCUUUAGUUAGCCAUACUACUACUUACAUUUUCUAUCGACAUGGCUCUCGAUUUCACCAAAUUUCUUCACAUAAUUCCUCUUUCUUCCUCUAUAUUUGGUUUUAGAUUUUCCCUGUCGAAUACAAAGUGAAUGUUGAUUAAACGUGAUAAGAUUAAAGCUUAAGGACUACAAUACUUCUGGGAAAGCAUUAUUAUUAUUAUUAUUAUUAUUAUUAUUAUUAUUAUUAUUAUUAUUAUUAUUAUUAUUAUGUAUAACCACAAAACAAAAAAGUUGACAUUGGUAGGAGCUUCAAUAAUUUUCAGUAGGUAAAUCUCAGUUUGUGAUGUUAUAUUCUAUUUAACACCAGUAUGGAGUCAUUAUAGUCGUAACCAACUACAAUAGUCUCCCCAGAGGCAAUUUUCUUUUACUAUUGUAUCAAACUACCAUAUCUGUUUAUAAAGCAAGUCUUAUAAUGUAAUAUUUUGGUUAUAUAUUAUUUAUUUGUUUGGGCUUCACUCGAUCUUUCACAAAACUUUUAAAGACCAAAUUUACAAAAUGUAUCGAUUGUGAACUAAAAUGUUUAUGGUAAGACAACCAACCAUUGUGUAAACGAGUUGUGCUCUCCUUAAUUCCCGGCGUAUCUCGGUGUUGUAGCACGGCGGUACGAUCUCUUGAACUGAACAUGAAAACUAAGCUUUAAUGUACCUGUAAAAUCCAACUCCUGGAUGUAUUUCAGUAUGGAUUAGUAUAUCUUACGAGGGAAAAUCAAUGUGUAUAUUUAGGAUAUUAUCAGAAUAGGAUAUUUAAGGUAAGCUCUCAACACGGUAUUCAAAUUUAUAUUCAAUGGAAAACAAAGUAUGUAUUUCCAGCAACAAUUCGAGCAUUAUAAGAUAGAGAUGCCAAGUAUAUACAGUAAUGGUCAUUAACAUAUAUAAUAUUCGUGUUUCUGAGCCUACUUUAAAAUAUCAUAGAUUUAUUUGAUACAACCAGAAUCCAAUUUAACUUUUAGUUCCUGUGAAAUAUACAACUUUUUAA